AUGGUGCGGCGCGGCGUGGCGAGCAAGUUUCCCAUUGCGCGCAUCAAGCGCAUCAUGCAAGCAGAUGAGGAUGUCGGCAAAGUUGCACAAGCGACGCCGGUCGUGAUAUCCAAAGCACUCGAGCUGUUUAUGCAGAAUAUCGUGGAGUCGGCCGUGGGGCAGACGCGCAAGAGCGGCGGGAAGCGUGUGGCGCCGUACCAUUUGAAACGUGCCGUGCAGGCGAAUGAGACGUUUGAUUUUCUCAAGGACAUAGUCGACAAGGUUGUCGAUCCACUUGAAAAUGGCGGCACAAGUACAAGGAAGCGGAGAAAGGUCGCCAAGGCGGAGCCCGCCGAAGAGCCUGAGCCCGAGACCAAGGAAGAGACGCCUCCUUCGCCGAGCGCAGAAACGCAAGAAGCGGCGCCAAAGAAGGAAGAAGAGUAG